UGCAGAGGCACCUUUCGCUGGACUGAGGUCGGACGGACAGCAGGCAGAGGACACCAUGGCAUCAGAUCAGAACGUGGAGUUUGUGCGAACCGGCUACGGCAAGAACUCGGUGAAGGUUCUGUUCAUCAGGAGACAGAGGAGCCACCACGACAUCAUCGAGCUGAAGGCCGACGUGGAGCUCACGCUGAAGACACGCAAGGACUAUCUGACCGGAGACAACUCGGACAUCAUCCCCACCGACACCAUCAAGAACACCGUCCACGCUCUGGCCAAAAUCAGAGGCGUAAAGACCAUUGAGCAGUUUUCUCUGGAUAUUUGUCAUCAUUUCCUCACCUCCUUCAACCAUGUGCUGAGGGCCAAAGUGCACAUGGAGGAGGCUCCGUGGAGGAGGCUGGAGAAGAAUGGAGCAGGGCACGCUCACGCUUUCAUCUUCAGCCCAGAGGUUUGUCGCUUCUGUGACGUCGAACAGAAUCUCCAUGGCGUCCCGGUGCUCCACAGUGGGAUUCGGGACAUGAAGGUGCUGAAAACCACCCAGUCCGGGUUUGAGGGUUUCCUCCGAGACCGCUUCACCACUCUGCAGGAAACCAAGGACAGGUGUUUCUGCACCUCCGUCUACGCUAGGUGGCGCUACAACAAGACCGACGUUGACUUCGACGCCGCAUGGAAGUGUGUGAAGGAGACAAUCAUUGAGAAGUUUGCCGGCCCGUAUGAUCGCGGAGAGUUCUCCCCGUCUGUGCAGAAGACCCUUUACGACACCCAGGUUCUGGUUCUGGGUAGACUUCCUGAGGUGGAUGAAAUAGAGAUCGUCAUGCCCAACCAGCAUUACUUCACCAUAGACAUGACGAAAAUGGGGCUCAGCAACAAAGAUGAAGUCCUUCUUCCCCUGGAUAACCCUUCAGGGAACAUCACAGGGACGCUCGGCAGGAAGCAGCGAGCCCGACUGUGAAGACGCCGAAAUAUCCAGAAAAUGCUGCUGCUGCCGUGACCUAAACAUCGACGUGAACAAGCUGCUCAACAGAAGAGUCCGUCUGACAUCACGUGGUGCUGAAAACAUCACAAUGCAACUCAAGAUUUACCGACUGACACUGUCGACUGCGUGACUUGUAACCGUCAAUAAAUUGACAAACUAACGUU